AUGAAGGUCCUGGCAGCCACCCUGCUCGCCCUGCUCCUCGUGGCCUCCCGCUCCCCGUCCGAGGCCCAUUUCGACGGCAUCCCCAUCACCUGCUGCUUCACCUACCAACAGCGUCCCAUCCCUCUUCGCCUCAUCAACUCCACCUUCGUCACCAGCAGCAGUUGCAUCAACCCGGGGGUGAUAGUGGUCACCAAGAAGGGGAAGCAGCUGUGUGUGAAUCCCCAGGAGCCCUGGGUGCAGGAGCGCCUGAAGCACUUCCAGACCCCAAAGAACUGACCCUUCCUCGCUGCCACCCGCAAUGCCCACGGUCCCACCCCUGCGUGGCCUCCAGCCUCAGGCACACACGCGAGAGCCCUUGACCUGCAGCCUCCUUCAAGGGGAAAAAUUGUUUUAUUUAACUUAUUUAA